UUUUUCGCUCACAAACACUCUCAAAGUCUAUAGAAUCUUUGAUAAUUUCUUUUUUCAAAAAUUACAAAAAACUACAAACAAAAAAUGAACAAAGUACAAGUUUAUUACACGGAUCGAGAAAUCUGUCCACCAGUGAAAUAUCACUGGAAAAAUUGUCAUUUAAAUGUGGAGAAAUUCACGAAAACGAUCCCAAAUGAUGAUGGUGACAACGAUGUUGAUGAUACAGAUUACUGUUUCGUUGUAAAAAUUUUAAGAAUUGAAUCCAAACAUCAACAACGACAAAAUGUAGAACUGGAUUAUCACAAAGAAUCCGAGAUUAACAUUCCAUUUAGUUCGAUUCUUGAUAUAAUAACAAUGAAGGAAAAUUCAUUUACAAUUUUCCUGAAUAAAAAUCCAACUGAAUAUUGUAUUAUGGUUGAUAAUGAUAAAAUGAUAAUCGAAAUGUUUCAUUGGAUCAAAUCAACAGUUAAACAUUUUAUUUGGGAUCCAAAUUACAAUGUUCCCGCACAACGGCAAUUAACCUUGCAAAAUGAAAUGUCAUGGAAAUAUGAUGAUUUAAUAUUUGAAUAUCCCGGAAUACGGAUAUUUCAAGGUUAUCAAAUGACAAACAACUAUGAUGAUGAUUGGCCAGAAUUUUUCCCAUUACAAUUCAACCGACCAUCAUCGACGAUUAUAAACAUUGAAUUGAAAGAAUUACCCGAUGAUAAAUCGAAAAAAUCAUCGAAGAAAAAAUGUACCAUUUUUUAAAAUCGAUAUUUUUAAUUAAGAAAUUU